AUGGCACCGGAUGACUUAGAAGAAAAAGAGGUGUUGAACUGGGAUAUUAAUGAUAUGAAACUGCCACAGAAUGUGAAAAAGAUCGACUUGUUCCAGGAGUGGCCUGAUUCCUAUGUGAAGCAUGUCUACAGCUCUGAUGACCGGAAUGCGCAGCGGCAUCUGAGCAGCUGGGCCAUGCGCAAUACCAACAACCACAACUCCCGCAUCCUCAAAAAGUCAUGCCUUGGCGUGGUGGUGUGUGGCCACAACUGCUCUACAGAAGAGGGUCACAAGAUCUACCUGAGACCUGCAAUCUGUGACAAAGCCAGGCAGAAGCAACAACGGAAGCGCUGUCCCAACUGCAAUGGGCCUCUCAAGCUCAUCCCGUGCCGAGGCCAUGGAGGCUUCCCAGUCACCAACUUCUGGAGGCAUGAUGGCCGCUUCAUCUUUUUCCAGUCCAAGGGAGAACAUGAUCAUCCAAAACCAGAAACCAAGCUGGAAACUGAAGCGAGAAGAGCCAUGAAGAAGGUGCACACAGUGCCUUCCUCCAUCUCCCUAAAGCUGAAGAAGAGCCCAGACACGAGGCCUCUUCCAUGUGAAACUCAAAGUCAGGCAGGUUUGCCUAUAACUUGGUCUUUCCAAGAGGGUGUCCAGUUGCCUGGCACGUACAGUGGACAUUUAAUAGCUAACACUGCCCAACAUACCUCUCUGAAUGAUUGCUUCCCCUUCAUGAGUUAUGGUCCAGGGGAACCUACCAACCUGGCAGACCCGGCUUCUAUGCUGGACCCCACCAUGUUCUAUGAAAAAUGCAAAUUUCCCACCAGUAGGAUCUACAACAACGGAGAUCUGCUCCAGCCUUCUGUCUCAGGAGUCUACCCGAAUUACGACGAUCUGCAAACCUGGAGCAAAAAUGCAGCUCUAGGGAGAAAGCCUCUUAAUGACAACUGCUUUUCCAACUACCCCUUUUCUCUGACCGGCUGGCCUUGUGACUUCUUUCCUUCCCAAACCUCUUCUGAAACCAUUUCCCAACAGAUUCCACUGGAGCCACCUGUAGCCAAAACUGGCUGCCACCCUUUGUGGCCAAAUGCAGGAGGAGAUCUGUAUGAAGAGAAAGUGUCUAUGGAGUUUAACGGCUAUGUCCCUCCCUUCAUGUACCACUCACCCCAGGAGGAUCCUUUUCUCCUCACCUAUACUUCUCAUCCUCACCAGCAAUAUUCACUGCCAGGCAAGAGCAACAAGUGGGAUUUUGAUGAAGAUAUGAUGUGCAUGGAUUUGGAUCACUAUAACAGUGAAAUGUUUCUAAACCUCUGUUCUCAAUUAAUACACCCACACACUCACAUGUAG